AGAAUGUAUAUCAGACACUUAUUUCGCUUUCAAUGCAAAUUGAUUUCUUCUAAUUUAUCAUGUGUGAAAUGUCUGAAGAAAGAACGAAUUACAUAAGAACUAGUCUUAUGUACACAGACCUGACAAGAGAAGUAUUAUUUAAAGUGUUCAAAUACUUGAUAAAAAGUGAAGACAUCACAGGCUUUCUCUCAUCUCUAGAGGAGCAAAAUAUAUUGAGGGAACUAUUUAAAAAAAAUGUCAUAAACAGGUAUGACUAUGAUCUGGUUUCUGGUCAAGUUUUGAAUCUAGAUAGAUUCGAUAUUUCUCUUUUGAUAAGAGUUAUACUUAAUUUGUGUAAAGAUAAUAUACAAAAACAACAAAGCGGUUGGCAAACUAAACCACACCCGAAAGACGAAGGUCUUAGUGCUGAUCUUCUUCGAUUGAGAGAUGUCAGAAACAAAAUUAUAGGUCAUCGAGCGGAUGCUAAAUUGUCGGAGGCAGAGUAUGAAAAGACGUGGGCAAAAAUUAAAGCUAUCUUGUUGAGAGUGGUUGAACGUGUUGACUCGAAACCUUGUGAAAACUUUGAACGAAGAAUAAAUAAAUACAAACAAAUAAAUGUAGAUACAGAUAAUGCUAGAGUGAAGAGGUUACUGGAUGAAUUGCCUAGCUACAAAAAAGAAUUUGACCACCUUCAAGAAAAGGUUGAAGAAUUGAGUAGAAGAUCACAGGAGUUUCAGGUAUAUUUCCAAACAACACCCGAGAGAUUUGUACGUUACAUUAAACUUUUGUUCGAUGGAGGGCAUAUCGUGUUAUGUGGGAUACUGGAUAAAAAGUUGGGCGACAAAGACCUAUCGGAAUUUCUUGAAAAAAAGAAGGAAGCGCUGACUAGAAAUAUUGAAGAGAAAUUUUUCAGUUGCCUCUUCCAACAAGAGUCUUGUUCCGAUUAUAAAAACUGGGAUGUGUUUCUUCUGGCAUCAGUUUUGCUGUUCAUGUUUGAUGAUGAUCAAAGUCAAAACGAAAUCAUGAAUAUAGGGCUCAUCAAAAGUGUUAGGGUAAAUUAUGCUGUCCUUGCAUUGCAGUCUCUUGAUGCAGAUGACUUUAUGAUCAAUUGGACUGAUCUUAUCGUUUGCCUAAAAGAUCUUUCAAGAAACAUUGCUGAAGACGAGAGACUAAAGGUUGGACAUCUUAUUGAGCGUUAUAAGAAAAAAGAAGAAGGAGGAUGUGACGCUGAGGAGUAUUUUAAACAGAUUAAGGAAUCUGGCGUUGAAGUGAAAACUUUGAACGAUGUCUACAACGAAACUAUAACGGAAUUGAAAGAUAACCUGAACCAGUUGAGCCAAAAAGAUAUCACGUUCAAACAAAAACAUGUUUUUGAGUUUAAACUGCUGACAACAUGUGAAAAUGAAGAAAUAAAGAAAAGAGCAGAAGUCUUACUCGAAAACAACCUGCAAGCUUCCAUACAAAAUUUAGAUCAAUCGUCAGAUAUUCUAAGAGGAGAAACAGACAAACUAGUAGCUAGCAUUGCCACACAUCCAGAUGUGGAACCGGUUGAGGUUAAACAAAAGUGCAUCAUUUUGUCAUUCAAAUGUUCUACUCCUGGAGGCUUAGUGCACAUUUUAGAUAAUAUCACGCACGGCGAUCAAUUUAGAAGCACCUUUCGAAAUAUAGCUAAUGAGCUGCAUUACAUAUACGGAUAUGCUUUCCUCAUACAGGGAAAGUGCACGCUUGAAAGUGUGUCGAGGGUUUCAAAGAUGAUAAAUAAAUCUACCACGAAUGAAGCAUCAAGCAAAGAAAUAAGUAUUCCGCUCGAGUGUUCAUCUGUGGACGGAAUUACUUCAGUACUAUCUGCAAAAAAACAGGAAAAAACAACAAAUAGUCUGAAUAGAAUUGCAGAACAGAUGUCAGCGAAGUUCAAUGAAACUAUAUCAAUAAAACUGAUUCCUGAUAUGAUGGAAUUUCGAAAUGUGUGUAAAGAUACAGAUUCAGAAGGAUCAAGCUCACUUGGUAGUUAUGAAUUUGAGACAGAAGAACUAGUUCCUGUUAAAAUUGACAAAAUUGCAGACGACGAAAAAACAGAGGAAUCUGCACAGCAACUAUUGUAUGAUGAAAAAAUGAAUGAAUAUGCAAUAGAGAAUAAAGAGUCAGAAGGGAACGUUCAAACAAUCACAGACACCUUUCAGACUAUUGACUUUGGACAGGAAUGUAUGUCCGAGGUUGACAUUGCAUGUGCUGGUAUUUUACCAGAAAAUACAAGUCACAAUCGUAUUGAGGAUGUGAUACUUGGUGAGAAAAGGACAAAGAGCGAAUUAGAGGAAGAGCAAAGGAUACAAAAACAGAUAAAAAUGUUACAUGACUAUGGAAGACAAGAUGAAGGUAUUUUAUUUGAUAUAAUUGUGAUCGUUCACCAUAAUAAAGUGAAACAGUAUUAA